AUGACAAACCAGGAAUUCAGGACAUUGGCUUACACGAAGAGUCCGAAAACAUCAAGAAGGACAACAUUUCAGGAUGAACUUCAGGCUGCUGUCUCUGCCAGAGCGACUAAGUCUAAAACAGAUCAAUACUUAGAUGACUUCAGUGAAGAUGAGGACGAUUUUUUGAAAGAACUCCUCAAAUCAAGACAAAAGAAGUCUAAAGCGUUGAAGGUUGGAAAGAGCAAAGCCAAAAUCAACGACUUUGAGCUCUCAGACGACGAAGGCAAACAUGGGAGGACAAAGAGAGUUUCAUUCCUGAAAACGCAAAAAAAUCCCUCAAAAGACACUAUGGCAUCAGAGUCACAUGAAAACGAGCCACCGGACUCCCCCACCGGUGGCUAUAACGAUGACUCACUUCCCUCACAACACUCCGUAAAUGUCAGUGAAGAUAACGUACAAUUUAACAACGAUAGUGUGGAAUCUACCAAGCCACAAAGUCCAAGAGAGAACUCAAGUAAAUCUCUGUCAUACCAAACAUCGGACGAUACUCUGCUGGACUUGCCUCUUCCUUUACCAUCUGACGGCAGUGUGGUGGACUCUCCAGGUCCUGGUGUUUCUGAAAGCACAGACGAGAGGAAAGACUUAUCAGAAACGGAUCUCAAACACAUGUCCUCAGCAGACAGUGUUAAUGAGAGGGAGCCACCCAGACCCAAACCAAGACAAAGGAAUCUGGGACUGAGCUUCCAAACACAAGAGAAGAUAGCUGAAGAUGCCGAAUCUCAGGAUACCAGCAGGCCCCAGACUUCCUCUGCAUCUAUUCCCCUCUCCUCUGAUACAUCUAGCAACAUCACUAAACUCUCAUCUUCUCAUUGGGCAGAGGGGGAUCACGCUGGUUCACCUAGUUUCAGCAAAUUAUCUUCAAAUAGAAGUGAGCAGUCACAACACUUCACCAAGUCCACACUUGAUUCUGGGUCCAGAGAUGACUUUAUUUCAGAUGACAGCAAAGAGCAGGAGAGAAAGUAUUCUACAUCAUUUGAAGAAUUUCAUGAGUCAAGACGUCACUCAGAUCAUUCUGUUGCUCAAGUCACUCGUGUCCUUAAAAAAUCACCUGAUAGCAGGACAUCGAGUUCUCACUCUAAGAGCUCUCAAAGACCCCAGAGUGCGGGCUCCAGGAAAAUAGAAUCAAAGUAUUUGGGGAGUCUCAAAGUUCUGGAUCGUGAAGUGUCCCUGCAAGAGUCUCCGCAACAAGGAGCAGAUUCACUCAGAGCUGCUAUAUACCAGGAAUGGCUCAAAAAGAAAAAGGAAAAGUUAAGAGAGAACAUGCUAUUGAAGAAGAAAGAGGAGCUUCUGAAAGAAAAAAAGAAACAGGAAGAAGAAGCUAAAAAGGAAGAAGCUGUUGCAUCAUAUGAGGCCUGGAAAGAAAAUAAAGCCCAGAGCCUCAAAGCAAAAGCCAAAGAAAAGCAGGAUGUGAUCAGAAAGGAGCAAAGAGCUAUUGAAGAGAGAGAGAGAAAAAAGGAAUCUGCUACACAGGUGUUUGAAAAAUGGAAACAAGACCAUGAUCAUCUACUCAAAGAAAAGUACAGAAAACAAAGAGAGGCUGAGAGUAAACUUCAGCUAAAUAAACAAGAAAAAGAGGAAGAAAGAAAGCGAGACAGCAGAUCAGCGUUUUCUGACUGGUGUGAAAAAAAGAAAGAUUCUAUGAAUAACAAAGUCACGAUGGAGCUCAAGGAAACCAAAAGUAAAGCAGAGGAAGAACAGUACAUGAAAGAAGAGAGAGAUAAAGAAGCUUUAGAGAUGUAUGAACACUGGUUGGCAAGGAAAGAGCUGGAACAUAAAAGAAUGAGAGAAGAAAGACGGAUACAAGCAAUACUGCAGGACAGUCCGCCUCCACCUUGGAGUCCUCCUAGUAAAACUAUACCAUUUCGAAAAUAA